GGCUGCAGUGGCAUGGUGAUGCUGUGCAGAUGCUCAGCAGAAAGACAGGCAGCCACAUCUUCUCUCUCUCUCUUUCUCCCUGUUUCUCCCUCUCUCCCCCUACUUUUUCCAUCUAUCUCUUUUCGAUUUCUGUUCACUUUCUCUCACACACAGGCUGUAAGGUAGGAUUAGACCCCUAUCAUCCUUCUCUCCUCUGUUCAUCCUGCUCCCUUCUGUUCAUCCGGUUUUCCUCUGGCUCUUCGUGAAGGAUUACCACACCCACUGAGAAAAGCGACUACAGCAAACCGGGAACACACCCUCGGACGCUUCACUGGAGUGCACUACUGUGUUUCUUGGAUUCUUGUUGCCUAACAGUGCUGGAUUUGCUGGUAGUGUGUAUGUUGAGUGUGUGUUUGUGUGUGUGUGUGUAUGAUAGUUGGACUCUGAAUGCUCACACACACUCGAGGAGCGAAGCAUAUCAGUUCUUGCUGCUUGAGGCUUUGCUGAGCCAUUUCUGCCUGAAGAAGGCCUUUCAUAUCCCAGGAUGCUGUGCACCAGGCCACUCCAUUAGGCCGCAGCAGAAUGGGUGGAGCCUCAAAGGGCCACGACACUGCUGAUUGGACAGCUCUUCACUGGACGGGCUCAGACACACAAACCGCCGCUGCCCAUGGGUGAGGACGAGAGUCCCAAGAUCAACCAUAGCUUCCUCCGAGACUACGUCACCGAGGCUGAUGUCAUUUCCACUGUGGAGUUUAACCACACAGGGGAUCUGCUGGCCACUGGAGACAAAGGGGGACGAGUGGUCAUCUUCCAGAGAGAGACUGAGAGUAAAGGAGAUAAAGAGGAGCUGGGAGAGGCGGGGGAAUAUAACGUCUACAGCACAUUUCAGAGCCACGAGCCAGACUUUGAUUACCUGAAGAGCUUAGAGAUUGAGGAGAAGAUCAAUAAGAUUCGCUGGCUGCCUCAACAGAAUGCUGCCCACUUCCUUCUUUCCACCAAUGAUAAGACAAUAAAGCUGUGGAAGGUGAGUCAAAGGGACAGACGGCCAGAAGGAUACAACCUGAAAGAUGAAGAAGGACGAAUGAAGGACAUUUCCACCGUCACUUCACUACAGGUCCCAGUACUGAAGCCAACUGAUUUGAUGGUGGAGGUGCGUCCUAGGCGGGUCUUUGCGAAUGGCCACACCUACCACAUCAAUUCCAUAUCAGUAAACAGUGAUGGAGAAACGUACCUGUCAGCUGAUGACCUCAGAAUCAACAUGUGGCACCUGGACAUCACUGAUCGCAGCUUUAACAUUGUGGACAUUAAACCAGUGAACAUGGAGGACCUGACAGAGGUGAUCACAGCAUCCGAGUUUCACCCACAGCACUGUCACCUGUUCAUCUACAGCAGCAGUAAAGGAACAAUCCGCCUGUGUGACAUGAGGACAUCUGCCCUGUGUGAUACACAUGCUAAGAUCUUUGAAGAGCCUGAAGAUCCAGGGAACCGCUCGUUCUUCUCUGAGAUCAUUUCCUCCGUCUCUGAUGUGAAGUUCAGCCACAGUGGACGUUAUUUGCUAACACGAGACUACCUCACGGUGAAGGUGUGGGACCUAAACAUGGAGAAAGGACCAGUAGAGACAUACCAGGUUCAUGAGUACCUGCGCAGUAAACUCUGCUCACUCUAUGAGAAUGACUGCAUCUUCGACAAGUUCGAGUGUGUGUGGAACAGCACAGACAGUGUGAUCAUGACCGGAGCAUAUAACAGUUUUUUCCGUAUGUUUGACCGGGACUCGGGACGGGGUGUGACACUUGAGGCGUGGCGUGAAAGCAGUAAACCUCGUGCAGUGUUGCGGACGCGGCGUGUGUAUACCGGGGGGCGUCGUCGCCGUGGAGAUGUGGGAGUGGACAGCCUGGACUUCCGCAAAAAGAUCCUGCACAUGGCAUGGCACCCAGCCGAGAACAUCAUUGCCAUCGCUGCAUCCAACAACCUUUACAUCUUCCAGGACAGAGUAACCCCAGAGAACCAGUGACACAUGCAGCGUUCUCUCUGUGUGUGUAGCUGGAGACCAUUGGGUGGAGCUGACACAACUACACACAGUGAAACCUCACAUACACUGCUUUCACUGCACAGAUGAGGAACAGUGUGCUUCUGCUGUGUUACUGACUGUCAGCCAAUCACAGAGGCACAGAGAGAAAGAGAGGACACACUGCUUGUGAAAAGGGGAGGGGAAGGAGGAUGAACCUUAUGAGCUGAUGUGGCAUUUACAGUGGGCGGGGCUUGCAGAUGUGUGGGCUGCUGGUCAGACUCAGUGUUCGCCAUCACACAAAUGAUGUUACCUGGUUGUCAUGGUUACAGUAGUAGUCUAAAAAGUCUUCCUAUCAUGUUCUUCCUAAAUCAAUCCCAUCAUUCAUCAUCUUACACAUUAGCAGGUGCACACACACUUUAAACACACACACAAGCUAAACAAAUACACAAACUAAAUACAUACACAAACUAUUAUAUACACAAGCCAUAUACACACACACACACACACACACACACACACACACAAAUCUACUUCCUGUAACAGGCGAUUGGUCAAAACCUCAUUUAACACUAAUCAUUUAAUUAACCUUCUUUACUAUAAACAUUUGGAAGCGGGGGCGUGGUCAAGCACUGGUUUCCACAAAACACUACAGUAACAUUAACACUAUACCACCAUUAGGACCACACUAACCUUAACAUCACUUUAACAUACCACCAACACUAGCACUACAUUAACCUCAACACUAAACCAACACAAACUAAUAGUAAUACUAGGGUAGUAAUACUACAUUAAAACUACACUAAUCUCACUACAUUACACCAACACAAUACUAACCUUAUUAAUACUAACAUUACACUAACAUUGCACUAAAUCUACACCAUCACUAACACCAACACUACACAAACACUAACACUACUCUAACACUACACCAAAACCAACCCUGCAGCAACACUAAAACUACAACUCACACUAACUACAUUCAUUCUAACAGUACACUAACACUACACUAACCUUACUACACUACCUCAAUACUAGCAUUACACCAACACUAACCUUAAUGAAACUAACAUUACACUAACACUGCACCAUCACUAAUACCAACACUACACUAAUGCUACACUAACACUACAACUAUAAAAGACUACACCAACACCCACAGUAACAUUAAACACUAGUACUACAUCAUCACUAACACCAACACUAACCUGACACUAAUACUAACUUCACACUAACACUACACUAACCAGUAAUUAACACACAAGCUAAACAUACACACACACAAAUCUACUUCCUGUAACAGGUGACUGAUCAAAACCCCAUUUAACUAGGAUUAAUCAUUUAAUUAACCUUGUUUACUAUAAACACUACACUAACAUUAACACACCACCAUCACUAGGACCACAUUAACGUUAACACAACACUAACACUACACCACCACUACUGACAUCACACCUACAUUAACAUUACACUAACACUACACAAACAUUGGCACGACACCAAGCCUUCAUCAGCAUUAACUCUACACUAACAUUAAUGCUACACUAACCAGUAAUUAACACUUAACUGAGCUUCACAGCUGUUAAUAACCAACUGCAUAAAACGCAUCUCUAUUCUCUCUUUCUCUCUGUCUCUCUCUAUGUCUCUCUCUCUGUCACACACAUGCAUGUUUAUCCUGUGUUUCUCAUGUGUAUAUAAAAUAACACAGAAGCAUAUUCUAACGAACUAUUAAAGAAAUAAAAAUUUAAAAUAGAAUGUAAAUAAAUAUAAACA